AUGGAGGACAGUGGCAAAAUGAUAAAAGGGAACAACAGCCCAUGUAGUAACAAGGUUGUCGGUUUUCCGACCGAGGGAGGCAACAAAAGCACCAUUGGCCACCACAUCGCACGGCGUCUGGUUGAGAUUGGUGUGAAGGAUGUUUUCACUGUCCCUGGAGACUUCAACCUUGGUCUUCUGGAUUAUUUGGUAGCUGAAGCUGAUAUUAACCUGAUAGGUUGCUGCAACGAGCUAAACGCUGGAUAUGCUGCCGAUGGGUACGCGAGAUGCAAAGGCGUGAGUGCAUGUGUGGUUACUUUCAAUGUGGGUGGGCUUAGCAUCCUUAACGCCAUUGCCGGAGCUUACAGCGAGGAUCUUCCAGUGAUAUGCAUUGUUGGAGCUCCAAAUUCCAACGACAAUGGCAGCCAAAGGAUUAUUCACCACUCCAUUGGCAUCCCAGAUUUCAGUCAAGAGCUACGUUGCUUUCAGCCUGUGACUUGUCACCAGGUAUACUCCUUGUCCUGUGUGAUGAUACCUAGAAGAUGGUAG